CUCUCUCUCUCUCUAAAGCUCUCUCUAUUUCUCAAGCUCCGUGGCACACUUAAAUAUAUAAACAUGGCGAAGGGAGGCAAGCUGACAAAGCUGAAGUCGGUAGUGCUAAAGAAGUGGAACUCGUUCAGCAAGCUAGGCCGCGCCACCGCCGGGGGCUCGGUCGCCGCCGCGAGCCACUCGUCUUCGUCGGACUACGAUGAUUCCUCCUCCUCCUCCUCCUCCUCCUCCGGAUCCUACUCCUACAACAACAACAGCAGCAGCAAGAUGAUCUCCUCCGGAGCCGGCCUUCACACCGUGUACGUCGGCAAGUCGCGCCGCCGCUACCUCCUCAGCUCCGAGGUCGUCGACAAUCCGGUCUUCCGAGAGCUGGUGGAGAGGUCCGGCGACAAUGGCGACUCCUCCGUCACCGUCGUCGGCUGCGAGGUGGUGCUCUUCGAGCACCUGCUCUGGAUGCUCGAGAAUGCCGAUCCUCAGCCGGAGUCUCUCGAUGAUUUGGUCCAGUACUACACGCUGUAAAUUUGAUUUAAUAUCUUUUUGCAUAUAGAAACAUUGUAUAAUUGUGAAUUUUUUCGAGCGCAAUAAUGGACAUUAGAGGUUUAGAAGGAGAGAGGGAGAGAAGAUUGAGGAGUUCUAAUUCUUUCUAUUGAUUGGCGACGAUUAUGCUGGUCGGGAAGUUACCCCUACUGUCAUUACAAAUUCUCCUGUUAAUUUUUUCAUGUACGAAUCCUUAUUCCCAUUGUUUAAUGUUUGGAUACUAAAUCAAAUUUGUGAAUCG